AUGGCACAGUACGCAUACGUUCUCCGCCCUGGUGGAAUCAUCUAUACGAUCAGUGAUGUGAAGGAUCUUCAUCUUUGGAUGGUGAAGCACUUAGACGCCCACCCUCUGUUUGUCAAGAUCCCCGAUGAGGAAUUGGUCGAUGACCCAGCGGUUGAGCACGUCCGGACUGCCACGGAAGAGGGUCAGAAGGUUGAGCGUAACAAGGGUGACAAGUACCUUGCAUGCUAUCGCAGGAUCACCGACGAUGAUUGA